CAAUACCUAACAAAAAUACGUGGCGCUUAUUAUAUAAUAUAUAGUAACAGUAAUAAUUAAGGUAGUGCAGAUUUCAAUAAUCAAAAUGUAGUAGAAAAAUUUGAACUUUUUUUCCCUCACACCAGAAAAAUAUGGUACUGCAUCGAAAGGCUUUGGAGUCGCAAUUGGUAUCUGUCCUUCAAGGCUGCACCAACCUCAAAAAAGUCAAAGAAGUCCACGCUCACAUCUAUCGCAACGACCUCCACCAAUGUUCCUACGUCAUUACCAAACUCAUCCGCGUCCUCACGGUGCUCCACGUUCCAGUGGAAUCUUACCCUCGCCUCGUCUUCUCACAGGUCCAAAACCCUAUCAACCCCUUUCUAUGGACGGCUCUUGUUCGUGGCUAUGCCCUGAAGGGACCACUUUCCGAGGCAUUUCGCCUUUACGCCUCCAUGAGGACGAAAGGCAUUGGUCCCGUGUCAUUUAUGUUCUCUGCUCUGUUCACGGCUUGUGGCGCCGCGCGUGACGCGACCUUGGGGGCGCAGCUUCAUGCCCAGACGGUGUUAGUUGGUGGGUUUGAGUCUGAUUUGUACGUAAACAACACAAUGAUCAAUAUGUAUGUAAAAUGCGGUUCUUUGCACUGUGCACGCAAGGUGUUUGAUGAAAUGUCAGAACGGGAUGUGGUUUCUUGGACCGAGUUGAUUGUUGCGUAUGCGAAGACUGGUGACAUGGGAUCGGCGCAGGAGCUGUUUGACGGAUUGAAUGUGAAGGAUAUGGUGGCUUGGACUGCAAUGGUUACUGGUUAUGCACAGAAUGCAAUGCCAAAGAAAGCCUUGGAGUUUUUCGAGCGGUUGCAAAACGAGGGUAUGGAGGCUGAUGAGGUUACCUUGAUUGGUGCCAUAUCCGCUUGUGCUCAAUUGGGAGCAUCCAAGUAUGCUAAUUGGAUAAGGGACAUUGCUGAGAAUUCUAGGUUUGAACCAGCAAAGAGUGUUCUUGUGGGAUCAGCAUUGAUAGACAUGUAUUCAAAGUGUGGUAAUGUGGAAGAGGCACAUAAUGUGUUUGCAAGAAUGAAGCAAAGGAAUGUGUUUUCUUACAGCUCCAUGAUUGCAGGGUUUGCAAUGCAUGGCCGUGCUCAUGCAGCUAUUGAAUUGUUUUAUGAGAUGUUGAAGACUGAGACUAAACCAAACCAUGUUACUUUUUUAGGAGUUCUUACAGCUUGCACUCAUGCAGGCAUGGUAGAGCAAGGUCAGAGGGUCUUUGAAACCAUGGAAAAAUGUUAUGGUGUUGCUCCAACUGCUGAUCAUUACGCUUGCAUGGCGGAUCUUCUUGGCCGUGCUGGACACCUGGAGAAAGCACUUCAGCUCGUUCAGACAAUGCCUAUGGAGCCCAAUGGAGGUGUAUGGGGAGCACUUCUUGGAGCAUCACACAUCCACAAGAACCCUGAUGUUGCUGAAGUUGCUUCUAGCCAUUUGUUUGAUCUUGAACCUGAUAACAUAGGGAACUAUCUAUUGCUUUCUAACACAUAUGCAUCUGCUGGAAGAUGGGAUGAUGUGUCAAGGGUAAGAAAAUUGAUCAAAGAGAAGAAUUUGAGGAAAAAUCCAGGUUGUAGCUGGGUUGAAGCGAAGAAUGGUAUGGUUCACGAGUUCUUUGCUGACGAUGCGACACAUCCUGAAAUUGGUGAGAUCAAGAAGGCUUUAGAUGAUCUUAUGGAGCGAUUGAAGGGAAUUGGAUAUCAGCCAAACCUAAGUUCAGUGCCAUAUGAUAUUGGUGAUGAAGAAAAGAAGCGUUUACUUAUGGCUCAUAGUGAAAAACUAGCUUUGGCAUAUGGAUUGCUAGGCACUGAUCCAGGUUCCACUAUAAAGAUCAUGAAGAACCUUAGGAUAUGUGAGGAUUGUCACAUUGUAAUGUGUGGUGCAUCGAAAAUUACAGGAAGGAAAAUUGUUGUGAGGGAUAAUAUGAGAUUCCAUCACUUCCUCAAUGGAGCCUGCUCCUGUAGUAACUUUUGGUGAUAGACACCAGGUCAUUGUGCAGGCAAAAAACUGACAUAUUUUUACGGAACGAAAAGCUUUGAAGUGGGAAUCACCAUUUGUUAUUUUCUGGAUGCAGUAUAUGCUUAGAAACAAUUGCUUUGUGGUUGCCAAGAUAUCAACUUUCAGAAAAGGAAACUUGAAAUCUUAGAUCAAAUGCAGGGUUGCUCAAUUUGUCACCGGGGAAAGUAAUAGAUGGAUGGCAAGGCAAGGCAAGCGACUAUGUUUUUAUGGAUACACAUACAUGCAUGGUCAGAGUAAUAGGGGAUUGAGAUAAAUUGACCAACUUUGAUUCUGUUGGAAUCCUGAAACUUCAUGACACUGACAAAUAAAAGCAGUGCUAGUAAUAGAUAGAAUGUGGAGGAGAUACUGAAGAAACCAGCUAAAGGAAACCAUUAUACUUUUUGUUCUUCAAUUUGAUCCGGUCUAUUAAGAACUAUAUCUCCAUAAUUAUGGAACAGAUAUAGCAGGCUGCUAAAGAGUACCUUGCAAAGAUGGUUCCUUUAAUCAUUACCUACUGUUAUAGGAAGUUCUUAUGAAAACAGACCUAAUAGUCCAAUAUUUUGUGAUUCCUAACUCAGUUAUUAUUCAAAAUUUUAGACAGAAAAAUGUGAAUAUCUAUUAUCCAAUUAUUGCAAUGUAUACUGAAUUGAAACCGGUAGAGGAUUCAACCUCAGAUAUGUUACUUUCAAUUGAUGACAAUUGUAUCACAAUCAUAAAAUGCUGUUCAAGAAUGAACUCAAAUUUCAUAUAUCAUAUGCAUGCACGUACCCCUUGCCUUCCCUCAAAAGAAAAGUAACCAUUUCCCUCCCCCAAAAGAAAGGAGAACAAUGACAAUGGGCAUAACAACUUGGGAGAGUAUAUUUAAGCAAAGACAAAGCGAAACUGUGUUAAUUGAUUUGGAGUUUAGCUGUUCAAGCAUAAAAAUAUAUUAUUAUGAAAAAUAUUAAUAUCUGGUCCGUUAACAUAAGGAUUUUUUUUAGUCCAAAAACCUAAUUUCCCUUAUCAAAGUCUUGCGUCAUUGAUGCUUUUGUUCUGAAAAAGCUUACAGCAUUGAAACUUGAUUGCAUGUGCAGUAUGAGGUGGACGCAUUAUAUAAAAAUGGUUAGUUUACUUGAAGCAUACUUUCUGAAACUUUAUAAGAUCCCAAAACAAAUUAUGACUCAAAGUGAUAUUGUCUGUUUAAUUUCUUUUCUUUUUGUAAUAUCAAAGUGAUCAUAGUUAGUUAGGUCUAGUUAUGAUACCUAAUACAUUUUAGUUAUUGGAAUAUAAGAAUAAGAAUAUCAUAUAUUUCGGUUUCACUUUAUUGGUUAAUGAAUUGAUUCUUGUUCUGUCCAACCAUGAAAAUCCAAUAAAACAAUAAUUCAAAACCAAUAAUGCAAUUAUUAUAGUCUUAUGCACGACACAAACUCUAGCGUUUGUUCCCAAUUAAGGAAAUGAAACAAAUUAAUGAAUUAUGUCAUAUGCUAACAUAUGUUGGUAAUUGUCUUUUUCUAGAAUGACCAAAGUAUCCAACAAAUUUUGUUCUUUUAAUUAGCUUCCUUUAUAAUUACUUUAGUGGCUUUGCACAUUAACUGGCUGUGAUUGGCAUGGAAAUUUUGUUAUAAUAUGACAGAUGUCAUCCCUCUACUUGGCAGUGAUAUUAAUAAAUAUUGAUGUAACAACUAUCAUUUAGAUUAAUUAAUUAAAUUUCAUUUGUAAUUUUAUAUAACUAGAAGCCUGGGUUGUUUAGGGGAUCUUUUAACUUUAUGAGACUAUUAUUAGCACUUAACAUCUUAUAUUAUUACAAUAAUCUAUGUGCUAAUACCUUACCUACUCAACAAAUCAUAUAUAAAGUAUAAACUAGCAUUAAACGUGAUUAACUUACUAAAAUCACGAGAAGUGAAGGUUAAAAAAAAAAGAAAAAUUAAGAAAAGAAUAAAUUAUCAUUUAUAUCCAUAAAAGAUACCGAUGCUGACAAAUGUACCCAUAUAAGAAUAAAACGACAAUUAUAACCACGGAAGAUGGCUUCCGUGUGCCAAGAGUACCCGAAUGUUUGUUACACAAUUGGUCCGUUAGGGUAUUUUUGGCACACGGAAGCCAUCUUCCAUGGAUACAAUUGACGUUUUAUUCUUAUAUAGAUACAUUUGUCAGCGUUUGUAUCAUGUCAUGGAUAGAAAUUGUAAUUUAUUCUUAAGAAAAAUAGAAAGAGAAGAGAUGAAACUCCCCUUCUCAAAAUAUACAGAGCCCUUAAUCAAUAUUGUUUGAUACAACAAAUGAAAUAACUGAUACUAAUGAUUAACAUUACAA